AGUUCAUUAAAUGUAAUAAUCACUUGUCAUCAUUUUGACAAAAAUUUAACAAGCGUUUUGAUAAUUUUGAAAAAUUCAGCAAUUUAAUAUCUAGGCGAUGCGCUUAAAUGUUGGAGCGUGCAGUUGGACUUUUAUUUAAGCUUUCGGAGGGAAAUCCGUUGAAAAUAGUUAAAAGUCAAUAAUCAACCUCAUUUAAAUAGAUAUAGUCGUGUGGCGGCGGUGCUCAACGAGGAAAAAUAUCGAUCCGACUAACAUAAGUGAGAAUCAUAAAUCGCGCGUUAUAAGCCACGAUAGUACACAAUUUAUAUUUAUGUAGUCAUGUAUCUCAUAAUAAAGCCAAAGACUUUUAAGAGUAAAAUUCAGCUAUGCAUAAUGCUUACGUAAUUGCAUUACUUAUAAAUUUGUUAUUUAAUCAAUUUGAUGCCAGAAUAUUGACGGGACAGCUGAUAACGAAUCAAAAUUGGGCGUUUUUAGCGAGAUUCUGUUUCCUCUCGGAAAAGGGAAAGUUUCAAUAUGAUUUUAUCAUUAGCAGCAAUAAUACGGAAACUAAUUUAUUAUUGUACUACGAUAGUGCAACACAGUGGCCAAAUGUAUAUCCAUCCAACAAGACUUGUGUGGAACGAGAAUUGGUACUUAGAAGAGAUCUCGGACAAAUUAUUUCGCUGUCGCCUUAUUCGAGCUACACAGACAUUUCUGGAUGUUCCUUCAUCGGCGAAGAGAAAAAUGAAAUUCGAUGCACGAACCACAGAGAAUUCCGUUCGUCCAGACCACGAUGGUGGUUUAUAGCUUUAUCGAAUUGCCAGUCCAAAAGCGGACUAAACAUAACAUAUUGGAUAUCUUUGACAAAUGCGGAAGCCGGCAGUUUCUGGAGAGAGCACUUUUCAGCCGACGAAUUUUAUAUAUUGCCCGAGUUAAUAGUUGCAAGUUUUAUUUAUAUUUUACUUAUAUGCUUUAGUAUUUAUAUCGCAUUAAAAUUGCGCACUAGAAGACUUUUACAUGUGACAUACAAAUUAUUUAUGCUAUCAUUGGUAGCUCAGUUAUGCGGGCUGGUAUGCGAAAUUUUUAGCUACGUAUAUAGAGCCUUAAAGGGAUUUGAUUUUACGGGAAUCUUUUUGCUUGGAAAUAUGUUUGAGGCAUGUUCAGAAACAGCAUUCACAACACUUUUGUUAUUGAUGUCACUUGGCUUUACCGUGACAAAAAGCAUUUUAACUGCAAUGGAAAUUUGGAGACUAAGUGCUUUCGUUACUUUAACCAUAAGUUUGCAAUUAUUGCUAUUUAUAUAUGAAUCAGAAAAAUUUGAUCCUGGACUAGUAUUGUAUAUGUACGAAUCACCACCUGGAUACGGUCUAUUGGCCUUGAAAAUUUGGGCCUGGGUAGUCUUUGUUAUAUCUUGCUAUAAGACGAGUAAAAAUGCCAUAUCUAAAUUUCCUUUUUAUGGAUCAUUAUUAUCGCUUGGAUCCAGUUGGUUUCUUUGUCAACCAUUUGUGGUUUUGACUAUAACGUUUUUGACCGAUAAGUGGAUAAGAGAAAGUAUUGUCAAAGGUAGUUCACUUUGGGUAAUAUUUAUUGGACAUGCAACUUUUUUGUACGUAACACGACCAACCUCGGUCAAUAAUAAUUUUCCAUUUCACAUUAGAACUUUUCAAGUAGUUCCAAUAGGUGGUGACGGUCAAGGACACAGUUACGAGCUUCAUUCGCAAACUCCUACAACACUUUUUAAUCUCUCACACUCUACACGUACAGUGUCUACUAUAACUUAAUCGUAAAAUUUAUUUGUACGCAAAAAAAGAAUCUUGUAUACAUUCGUACGCGGUAUGAUGUAAUUUAGAUGCUUCUUAAAUGUGGCAACAAUUUAUAAAGAUAAAUAUAUAUGUG